AUGGCUGAAGAAGCCUUCAACUGCACAGGACUUGAACACGUGUUCAACACAGUUGAUGAAGCUCCCUCUUCUACAAUUGCGACAGACAGCCAUGUCCUAAUUGCACCCCUCACUCUAUCACCACUGAAGAAGGGUGCUUCGUACCGAUCCAACAAAUCCAACAUCCCCUCGGGCCGAGUUCCCAACACGCUUCCCGAUCUGUCUCCUGCCACGUCACCCCCAUCCCAUCCUGACCCGCCUCUCCAGGCACCCGCAUCCCCCAACCUGUCGCCAGCACAAGUCAAACGCGAAGAGAUCCCGAUCUCCCUCGAGGAACUGAGGCAGUCGCACAGCCUACAGCAACCCCUCAAGCCGCUUGCGCACUCGCUCCCCUCGAAGUCCACCCGGCAGACAGCCACAACCACCGCCUCCGCACCCGGGCCGUUCUCUGUCCCCCUGCCGGCAGUAAUCCUCUCCCCAACCCCUCCGGAUAAGGAGACAUUGAGGCUCCUUCUCCCUCUCCGAUACGAUGGAAAAACGGUCAUUGAGUGCGACUGGUUCUUAUCCCAACUCUGCAUAUAUUGCCUGGUCAAUACGUCGUUGACUACCAUUGAGCUCAAGGUACAGGUUGCUCUGAGCCUCCUUGAUGGUGACGCUCACACCUGGGCUACCCCCUUCUUCGCCCAGCUUGUGUCGGUGCAGUUAGGCACCCAAGGAGUCAUGACCCCCUUUGCCAACGAGGCUGCCUUUUCCACCAUGCUCAGGGCUCACUUCAGCAACCUCGAUGACGAAGCAGCAGCAUAA